ACUUAACUCUCACGAUCAGCGCCAUGUCUGCAGCCCCUUCUGAAGAAGCUCUUCGUAAACUAUCCGAGGACUACUUUGACUUGAAUGGGUCGUACAUUGAGACGCUAGACGCACCUCCUUCCGCACUUGAAUUUUCGCGGCUUGUCCACGUCUCGCGACCAGUUGUGAUAAAAGGCCAUGAUAUACCUCCUUUAACGCACUGGAGUGAUGAUCAUCUACUGGAGCGCAUGGGAGAGCAGCAAAUAUCUAUCGCUGCAACACCAAAUGGACGUGCCGACGCUGUUACCAGAGGCCCUGACAACAAGCUAUACUUCGCCGAGCCUCACGUCGAAAAAAUGACCAUGUCGACCUUUCUCAACAAACUGUCCACAAAUUCCGGCGACGUCCUAUAUCUGCAGUCGCAGAACGGGAACGUGUAUACGAACCGCACGUUCGAAGGCCAGGAAGACCCGUCGGAAUUUGAGGCACUGCGUGCCGAUAUACCGAAUGAUGUGGCAUGGUGUACGGGAGCUCUCGACCGUUCUCCGGACGCAGUCAAUCUAUGGAUCGGCGAUGGGCGAAGCGUGACAAGCAUCCAUAGCGAUCCGUACGAGAACAUCUACACCGUCAUACGCGGACAGAAGCACUUUAUUUUGCUGCCGCCGACCGAUGGGUGGUGCAUGCGAGAACGCUCCUACCCGCACGCCAGAUACAUCCGACCGGCGCCUGACUCUUCGCUGAUUUUGAAGCCCUCGAACGGCGCUCCCCCUGUCCGCUGGGCCUCCAUUCCUGACCCCGCCGAUCACCCUGAGACCGCUUUCUCAUCAUCAUCGCGCCAGACCGCCUUCCACCCAUCAGUGCACCCCCUCUCCGUCACUCUGAACGCAGGCGACACGCUAUACCUCCCCGCCGGCUGGUGGCACCACGUCCGACAGUCCGCCGGCGACCUGCACGGGGGCCAGUCCGUCGGCAACCUGCGCGGGAGCCAGUCCGUCGGCGACCUGCGCAUGGGCCAGUCCGGCGUCACGAUCGCGCUCAACUGGUGGUACGACCCCGAGAUGCGCGGCAUGACGUGGGCGCUGCUGAGUUUUCUGCGGGGGAGUGAGGAGGUGCCGGAUGGGAACGAAGAGGAGGUGCUGAAUGGGAGAGAGCAGGUGCCGGCAGGGAACGACCCAGGUGCCAGUGAUGAUGCACCACCGGACGAUGGCUUUGCGCAAGACGCGGAGGAGAGCGGUGGGAACGGUAAUAGUGAUGCGCCACUGGAGUAG